UUUUUUCGCCGCUGUCUGGUGGCCUAUUUGGAACUCGUUGGGGCUGCGCAGACGCAACUAGGCGUCGCAGAAAUAGUAACAACAAGCUACACCAGCCGUCCCGCGAGGCUUAGGCUGCGUGGGGCAGCGUCAACCAUGGCUGCCGCAACAGAGACGACGAGGCAUGUGUCCUUCGCGCCGGCGACGCCCGUCAAGGACGAGCCGGGCUUCCCCAUUCUCGAGAGGAGGUUCUCCGAGAUCGGCCAGUACAUCUCGGACGCGUCGAACGUGUUGAUUGCGGCGCCGCGGCCACAGACCGAGCGGCCCGAGCUCGGCAAGGCGCAGGACUCCAUCAUUCUCGCGAAGAAGAAGCUGGGGGGCAAGUCCAAGACGCCGCCGCGGGACCGGGGACUGCAUUUGGUGGAUGUGCACAUGUCGCCGGGCCGAGACCUGACGGCCGAGGACUUCGACGAGAUCGGAGACAGCGAGGACGAGUUCCUCGCCUGCACGGGCUGCGCCGGCUGGCCCGACGCGCCGUCCUUCGAGUGGCCCGACGCGCCGUCGGUCGGGCUGCCGAGCGCGCCGUCGUGGGCGCGCGACUCGAGCUGGUGGAAGCUCGACGUGGCCGCGGACGAGGUCGCGGACGCCCAGUAG